UACAAUGCUUGACUUACCCCAACUACCCCGCUGGAGUUGGGUGAGGGGUUGAGAUGGCCCAACUGAAAUUUGUAUGAAUGCCUUCAAAUUUAUCACAGGAUCAAUCAACAAACGGCAAGUUUCAAGUGACUAUCGACACAAUCACGAUGUUCUCUCGUCUUCUGAGUUUGCUGAAGCUUCCAAGUUUGCCAAUCUGGCAAUGGCUGCUGGGGAUUCUCCUCAUUCUUCCAAUAUCACUCCUCAUAUUCUUCUACCUCUGGACCACACCCACAAUCCUAGCCGAUUCACGACGAAAAAAGCUGCCCCCAGGCCCGCGCGGCCUCCCUUUCGUAGGCAACAUCCUCGACCUAAUCGACAACGAGAGCGUCCCGCGCAAAGCCGUAGACUGGACCAAGAAAUACGGACAUGUCUUCUACACGAAAGUCGGCGGCUCAGAUUGGAUCUGGCUCUCCUCGCCCAAAGCCGUGAAGGAUCUGAUGGACAAGAAAUCCGCGAUUUAUUCGUCGAGACCGCCUGCGCCACUUGCGCAGGAUGUUGCGUCUGGGGGUCGCAGACAGCUGUUUAUGGCAUAUGGGCCGCGGUAUCGUGUUGUGAGGAAGAUUGCACAUUCGCUUCUGAAUAUCACGAUGUCAACAAACUACCAGCCCGUGCAGGAUCUUGAGUCUAAACAACUGCUUUACGAUCUUCUGCAUGAUCCUGUUCAUUUUUACGAUCAUAAUAGACGGUACUCGGCUAGUGUUAUUAUCUCCAUCACAUAUGGCCAUCGAAUUGCAAGCUGGGAUAGUCCUCUCGCGAAGAAAAUCUACGCCGUGGUGAACAACCUGCAGAAUUUCUCCAGCCCCGGAAUGUGGAUGGUUGACAGUUUCCCCUCCGUACAAAACCUACCGCAGAUAUUCUUCGGGAAUUGGAGAGAUUUUGGUCGGAAGUGUUUUGAGCACGACUCGCCUAUUUAUCUUGGUCUGUGGGGCGAUCUGAAAAAGGAGAUUGAGGAGGGGAAGGCUGCGCAGUGUUUCUGUAAGGAUUUCUAUGAGAGCGAUCCUGAGAAGUUAGGACUGGAUACUUUGCAGGCUGCGUAUCAGUGUGGUGGAUUGGUUGAGGCGGGAUCGGAGACAACGUCGGCGUUCUUGAAUACAUUUUUGUUGUUUGCGACGGAGAAUCCUGAGGUGGUGAGGAAGGCUCAAGAGGAGCUGGAUAGGGUUGUUGGGGGAGAUAGAUAUCCUACAUGGGAGGAUGAGCAGAACUUGCCAUAUAUUAGGGCUUGUAUUAAGGAGUUGUUGAGGAUGAGACCUCCGAACAAGGUGGGAAUUCAUCACGCCACGACCGAGGACGACUGGUAUGAGGGCAUGUUCAUUCCGAAGAACUCCGUUGUUAUUCUCAAUUGGUGGUAAGUCAACCAUACCCUUCCCAUAGACCAGGAUCUGACAUGCGCAGGGCAAUCAACUACGACCCCGAGAGAUGGGAGUCGCCUUACGAGUACAAGCCCGAACGCUUCUUCGGUUACGACCUACCAGCAGCAGCAUACAUCAACUCUGCCGACCCAUACGAGCGAGAUCAUGUUUCGUACGGUGCUGGGCGAAGAGUGUGUCCAGGCGUACAUAUCGCAGAGAAAUCUUUAUUCCUGAACAUCAGCAGGAUUAUGUGGGGGUUCAACGUCUCGAAGAAGAAGGUGGAUGGCAAGGAGGUCGACCCCUUGAACGCGAUGGUGCCGGGCUGGAUGUGUAUUCCUCAGCCGUUUGAGUGUGAUAUCACUGUUCGGUCGGAGAAGCAUGCGAAGUUGAUUGAGAGUAUCUGGGCUAAAGCUUCGAAGGACAUUAAGCUGGAUGACAAGGUGUGAUGCAUGAUUAGUAGAUUGGUUGUAGAUAUUCGCAAUGCAUGAAAGAACUUGUGAACUGCAGAAGAUAGUUCCCUUAUCGUGAACAAUCUAUUUUUGUACAUCAUCAUUGACAGCACAAAGCC